CUGUCAAGGUUCGAUGAUAAAGCAAAGCUUACAUCGAUGGCAACCGAUGAUAGAUCAAAGCUUUUGAGAUGUGAGACGUGGCACGAUUUGGAGCGUCGGACUUGUUCUUCGCGGCUAUGGCGAGCAGCGCGACGAGUUUCACUUGGGGCGGAAGUUUUGUGAGGAUUGGAGCUCGCAAAUCUCGUCGUGGAGUUCUUGGGUGCGUCAAGCCUCCCAAUGUAGGCGAGCUUUGCGAGAAGGCGCGGCUAUCGCUCACUCCCGACGAGGCUGCUGAGAUCGGGCCCCAGAUUUCGAGGGUCGUGGGCUGGUUUGGCCAGCUCCAGGAGGUUGAGCUUGACAAUGUGGAUCCCGCGAUCCGGGUUGGUCAUGAGGUGGAAAGCCAACGGGGCUUGAGGAGAGACGAGCAUUUGGAUUUCACGGAGAAGGACUCGAUGGUUGCUUCGGUUGGCGAGAAAGAAGGCGUGUUUAUUAAAGUUCCAAAGAUCCUCAAUGAGCAAAGUGACUAGCCUAGCACUAGAAUAGUGAUCAUGGAUUGUGUAAGUUCCCAGUAAAAAGAAAGUUGAUUCAAUCCA